AGGCUCUUAUGGUGAACGGAUUAUGAAACCAUUCUGGUGAUGUUUUUGAAUUAUUGUCCAAUCAACAGCAUUGUACUACUUCUAGUUCUACUAACUACAACUUUUCGUUCCCCAGUUGUACUAGUAGUACCAUGAAAAAUUAGCUGCAAGAAGUAGCCUACCUCUUCCAACAAGAACAACAACCAUCUUGUUCACAAAUAAGAGCCACUAGGACCAACAAAAUGGUAUCUUCCACUACCCCCGCUGCUGUAUCUCCCAUGGCCGCUUUAGAGCGGGUCGUCCCUGAGCUAGAGGAGAAGGACUACAUAGCAGACAUGAUCGCCGAAGAGAAUCCCCAGGAUUUCGAGACCUUGUGGGACUUGUUGCAGGACUUCUUAGAAGAAUCCUUUGAAGGAGCAAAGGCGAAGGGACUGUGCAAAGAGAUUUUAUGGCGUCUUUUGUACUAGAAGAACAACUAGUAGGCAUUUUCUAUAAUCAUUUAUACGAAAAUAAACUCUAACUUACUACCGCAUCACGACUCACACUCACCUGAUUCAACAUGAUCAUAAUUCGUAGUUGUUGAACAAGAAGACCGUUGUUGACAUCUGCAUGCUGCCUCUAAUUUUCUUGGCCUUGAUCGCUCCCCACAGUUCGAACAAUGCUGGAGAACAAAGCAAAACACAACCCGCUGAGGGGAGUAAUUUUCAAUCAGGCGGAUCCGAAGCGUCGAAUAAGCCAAUUCUCCUAGGUGACAUGCUCCGCACAGGCCAUGAAGAUUCUGUCGGUUUUAAAGACGAAUUCAUGGGCUUAGGCGAAAAAAAGGCCAACUACAACGAAGUCGUGGCGAUUUCGGAUUUGGUGAAGGAAAGACGAACGCAAAAUGUGAAAGAGAGAGCGGCAGUGAUGAACAGGAUGAAGCAAUGGCAAUCAUCGAAAUUAAAGCCACCAGCACCAGUGAGGAUUCAUAGAGGAGAGGAACAGAUUGGAAAGGUACAACUUUAUUUUGUGGUACAAGAACUUUUUGUGGUGGUUUAUCGAGGAUAUGAAUUUGUUGCUCAUGAUGUUGUCCUCUUUGUACUCCUCGUCUAAUUUCAACAUCCAUGCAGCUAAUUUGCCUCGCUUUCGAAAUAAGGAGAUGGCUCACACCAUUUUUUCAUACCUGCUCAUGAAAAACUUCUUCUACAGGUAACCGACUUGGUAAUCGACAAAUUCGGUGUCACCAUCGGCGGCAAAGAACUAAUCGAGGAUACGACUUUGAAGGUCGUGAUUGGACGCAAAUACGGUUUGCAUGGUCGCAAUGGUACCGGAAAAACGUGUUUAUUGGCUACUUUGGCCAAGAAGGACCACCCCAAGAUCCCCAAGCACAUCCACAUCGUUACGGUCGAGCAGGAAUUAGACCACUUGGCAACGGAUGAGUCCCCUUUGCACCACGUGUUGGCCGUGGACGUGGAGCGCACAGAAUUGGAGAAGAAAAUCGCAGUUCUGGAACAACAGGGCGACGCGAUCAAGCCCGAUGACGCGGUGAAGUUAGUCGAGUUGCAGCAGAGGUGGGCGGAUAUUGAUGCAGAUACCGCGCCGCAUGAAGCCGGAAGAAUCUUGUCUGGUUUGGGAUUCGAUGAACAAAAACAGAAGAUGGGAACGAAAAACUUGAGUGGUGGUUGGCGAGCACGCGUUGCUUUAGCCAGAGCUUUGUUUGCGGAGCCAGAUAUUCUGCUUCUCGAUGAGCCGACAAAUCACUUGGACGUCCACGCUGUUGCUUGGCUCGAACACUUCCUGAAGAACUACCCAAACACCAUCAUGAUGGUGUCUCACGCAAGAGACGUUUUGAACGAGGUGUGCACAGACAUCACGCACCUCCAAUUCCAAAAACUGUCGUUCUAUCGCGGCGACUUCGACACUUUCGAAACCCUGUAUGCGCAGAACAGGAAUCUGUUGGAGAAAGAACACGAAAAGCAAGAAAGAGAUAAAGCCCAUAUGCAGCAAUUCAUCGAUAAAUUCCGGUACAACGCGAAAAGGGCGAGCAUGGUGCAGUCGAGAAUAAAGGCGCUUAAUCGAUUGCCAAAGUACUACCGCUAACUUCAUGCAAUAAGACUAGAUGAAGUACCUAUUUUGUUUUUGCUGUGAAGACUUCUUGGUCUAGCAUGAUUUUAACCCACUCCUCAUUCUCAUUGAUUUUGAUUCGUUUGAUCUUCGACUUCCCCCAAGCCAAAAGAAACUAACAAACUACUCCUCCACUAGCUUACUCCAACGGAACUAAACACGCCCCACAGUCUCGACGAAAUUCUCGAAGAUCCUACACUUUCCUUCAAUUUUUCGGAGCCGGAGUCACUUCCCACGCCAAUUCUGCAAAUGGACGACGCUUGUUUCGCUUACGAAACCGACGAUGGCGUUAGCGGAAAACCGUUCUUCCUAGACAACAUCACCAUGAAUAUCGAUUUGGAAUCAAGGAUUUGCCUAGUGGGAGAAAACGGAUGCGGAAAGAGUACGAUGCUGAAGUUGCUAAUCGGCGAUAAUGAAGCGAAGUUACGGAUAAUCUUCUCUAUAAUAAUUUUGAUUAACCUGGCUUUUGUUCUCUAAUAUUAUCACCUUGUCUGGCAUCCCUCUCACACUGCAUUCGUAGGCAUAACCCCUGUCGCUGUUACACUCCAUUCAUAUGGUGCAUAGAUGUGCUGAGAUAGUCAUAGUUACAAACUCCUGCUAACACUAUUUAACAUGUCCAUCCUCUAAGAAUAAGUGGCAUCGUGCGACGUCACAAUCGGUUGCGCGUCGGCUAUUUUACGCAGCACCACGUGGAGUCGAUGGAUUUGACGCUAAACUCGAUCCAGAACCUAAUGGAACGAUACCCGAAAGCCAAUAAUGAAGGUAAUAAAGGUAGUACGUACUACUUUGUGAGAUAGGUAAUAAAAUACCAGUCCUCCUACUAAACCACCCGACGAGAUCUCAAAGCCAUUUGAUAGGACGAUGGGCCACGAGGAGGUAACAUGCCAAGAACACAAAAUUAUCCACCUUCUUGCUCCCACGUCCAGGUGAAGAAGCAGCCCGCAAUUGGCUUGGACGUUUUGGUGUUACGCAGUCUCUCGCGGUGGAGCCGCUCUAUGUCCUCUCUGGAGGUCAGAAGAGUCGUGUCGCGUUGGCAUUGUUGGCUUACGCUAAUCCGCAUAUCCUAGUGAUGGACGAACCGACGAAUCAUUUGGAUUUAGGUACACGAUUACGAUUUUUACGACUUUUACACUUCUUACCUAUUCUACUUAUAUAAAUGGACUUCUACGUGCUGGAAGCUUUAGGUUUUCUUCCCUCUUGUUCCUUGUUCUACUAGCAGUUUAAAGGGAAAGAAUCCAAAUAAGGGAGGAACAAAGAAAAACUAUUACCCGGUAGAACUAGAAGAGAACUUGCCGUUCUCUAAUUAUUCAUCCUCACGUGAUCUUCAACACAUCCGCAACCUCCACAACAACAACAAACUCCACCAUAACAACCACAACAGACGCCAUCCAAGCUUUGAUUGCUGCUUUAACUGCGUUUAAAGGUGGUCUUGUCAUGGUCAGACACGACAGUCAUUUUAUUAACGCGGUCUGUGAUGAAAUCUGGCACGUUGAGAACCACACAGCGAAGAAAUUCAAUGGCGACAUCAACGAGUUCCGAAAUUUCGUACUCAGUAGGAAGAAGAAGCAAGAGCAGGGGAAGUGAGGAGACACGUUGUUCUUGGUCUUGCGCGUAGUUGAUGGCUACUUCUACUCUAUGUAAUUGAAGAAGAGCAUACUUACUCUGAAGUACUUAUUAUAUCCGAUUCCGAACAAGAGUUUAAUAUAGACGCGGCUGGGUGGCCAGGCUACGCUGAUCUACGAUGUAUAAUAGUAUAUGUUCGUGGUUUUCAUCACUGCUUGCUUCAAGGAAAAUGAAGAAGAGCAUUCUGGUCAGAGGUAAAAAUCUAAAAACGAGGACCUCUUCUACAGGCGUGGACGUUUUAUUCGCCGCAGAGCCAGCUACAUCUCUUGUUCAAGACUGAAAGCGUCGUUUCAUAUUUUUUCCAAGUGAAGUUCAUCGCGGACUGCUCCAUAACAAGGACAUGUGCAUGACAGCGUCAACAUUGUCUCACAUGUUUACCCGCCCAAGAUGAACCCCGAAGAGUUUCAAUUGUCUGGUACUCAUUUGCACUAUGCGAUCGUGCUCGUGUAGAAAAAUCACAAGAUGCAGCUGUGUAUAAAGUUUACAAGAACUUACAACAACUUCUUGUAUUGAAUUUGGACGCUCCUCCACCAACAACAUGAAAAUGAACAUUCAGACCUAAUUAAUAUUUAUAAGGCUCAU